AUGGAUGAAAAUGCUGAUGGGGACUUCUCUCCUUUUCCAAGCGAGAAGUUCUUUUUGCUGUAUUGUUACGCGCACAGUGUUAUGAGGCCAAAGGUAAGAACAGCGUGAAUUACUAAAUGCAUUUCAUCACAGCAAAUAUUAGUCUCUCGUCAAUUUUGAAUUUUGCGAGAAGUAACCAUUGCAUGGAAAGCGUCAUUGAUAUACACUUUCAGGUUUACCACAUUUAAGUUUUGGCGAUUUAAAAAAAUAAAUAUUAUGAGAGUUGACUAUUUAUGAUUUAUCACAAAUAGAUAACAUCACUGUUAUGAUGACGUCAUUUUAGAAAUUAUUUAUAUUGUUCUGUCAUUUGUUGAUUCCAUUGCAUUUAUGAGAAUUAGCGUGAGUAGUUUAUGAAUCAUUAUAUAAAUUUUAUUUAGUCAAGAUCAGACUUGGAAUUUCUUUGGAUGAUGUUGGAUCGUUUUGGGGUGAAGCUGCCAUCACUUUCUUCUGUCCUAUCUUUUAAAGUGGAAGGUUUGGAAAACAUCUCAUUACGAAAGGUAAGCUAAUUUAGCCCAUUCACAGGCCUUCACAGGCAACCUAUAUCGACGAAUCUUUCUGAAGCUUUUGGAAACCGGGGGUGCGCAUUCCUAAUAAACGGCGUUUACAAUUUCAAAAAUUAUUUAUCUAUACUAGAGUUACGGAAAUGGACAUCCAUUUUAUUGGAUCUCACCUUCUGACAUAAUUAAAUUGCAACUGGCGACACCAUCAGUUUCAAAUCGUUUGGCCAGAUAUCCCGAAAAAACAGAUCGAUUCAUCAAUGAGCUUUUUCAAGUAAGUUAAAAACAUAUGUUAGAUCUGAUCCUUAGUUUAGUGUAAGCGCUCCGUUGACCGCGCGUAUGAAGGACUCUGGGUACGAGAAUGGCUUGGUGUCUAUCCUUGCCAAGAUGCAAUCUCGUUCCCCGAGCCUGCGAUCCUUGGGAAGGAAACGAAGGCUCUGGGAUAAUCCGUUUGAGGGAGGAAUCUGAUUGGCCAUUGAAACGGAAUGCGUAGUUCAAUCUUAGCCAGGAUUCUUGGCUUCCGGUAACGGAUUAUCCCAGAGCCUUCGUUUCCUUCCCAAGGAUCGCAGGCUCGGGGAACGAGAUUGGCCAAGAUGACGGAAAUUGAAGGAGCUGUUGGACGUCAGUUCCAGUCUCUUCCUAUUGUAUUUGUAUGCGCGGUUAACACGAAGUUAGAGGUUACUGGUGUCUAUACACUUUAGUUUUUCUAUGCACCACAUAAAUACAUGCACCACAUAAAUACCAUACGCGUACGAGCCUGGGGGCUGCAGCCCCCUCAAAAUUCGGGAAGAAAAUAUUAUGUCCCCAAAAAUUUGACAUGCUUAACUGCUGCAAAUUGUUGUCUGGAAAAAGUUUGCAAAUUGGCAUGUCAGGAAAAUUUGUUUAGAUGCCCCCCCCCCCAUCUUUGGGAAAUAUUGAUUAGUGGCUGAAUUUUCGCACAUUUUCGGGCAAAAGUUUUCCAUUCAGAGAUAGGCCCGGUACGCCUAUGAUCAAUACCAUAUCCGCGCAAAUUUGCUUUUUGUGCUAAUGAAGCUACUUAUCUGCCCGACUUUAUAUAUUCCAGGGAUUACAGUGGCGAAUCGAGGAUCAAUUUCAAACAACCUCUGCAAGUGUCAAUGGAGAGACAUUUUAUGUCAAAGAUUUGGUACGCUAUAAGCUUGAAGAGACGAUAUGUCAUGGACAAAUAAAUGGAUUCUAUAUGAAGGUUUAAAUUUGAUUAUAUUUCAACAAUGUUACAAUACACAGUAAUACGUAUGUAUCAAACAUGUUCCAAAAGGCAAAAUUAUGCCAAAAUGGCAUUUCUUCGUUACUUAAUAGAAAGUUGAAGAUUCUUUAAAAUAUUUCUGCCGCCUAACGAAAAUGAUAGUAACAAGUGUGGAAUUUCAUUCUUUGGCCGUAACUCAGGAGGUAGAAGAAGUUUCGUUAGAAGAUAUACAAGGGGAAUCCGAGUAUAAAAUCGAAUUCAAAGAAAUUGAUGGACAAAUUCUUCAACUUACUGUCGAGGUAAAUCCUUCAGUGCAAAAUAUACGAUUAUUUGAGUACGAACAUCAAACUUUUCAAAGUAACAUUUUUUGUUUUAUACCAAAUUUUCUCAAUGACAUCCAAAAUUUAAAAGUUAUCCAAUGAAGGUUCGAGAUAGCAUGCACGAAUAGUUAAAUGGCAUACAAUCGCAUUUGGUAACCGUAAAGUAUUAAAUAACACUCUCCUAUUAAUUAAUUCCAAGGAAAAAGAAGAAUUAGAACGUCCACAUGGUACUAAGAUCCUUGCAGACGGAAAACCGACAUUAACAGUUCCACUAGUAGUAUUCUCGGACGAGACCAGCGGAAACAGGAGUAAGAAGUGGAAUCAGCUGGAAUCGUAUUCGAUGUUUCUUGCAGGCCUUCCGAGAAAAGAUGUUACAAAGUUCAGCAACAUCCAUUUCAUUUGCGCCUCGAACUUGGUGGAUUCAGUUACAUUGGGAAAAGAAAUAGCAACAGAUCUAAAGAGUAUGUACUGUAAAUGUCUCUUUCUAGGAAAAGAAGAAAUGAUAGAUUGAAAUAGGUAUAUAAACUAAUUUGGCACGACGUAGAGUACCAAGCAGUUUUAAUGUUCUUUUCAGAUCUUGAAGAAGGCAUGUUGAUGUAUGACGCUAAGGAUGACCAGCAGGUUUUCGUCCAAUGCCCUGUAUUACUCGUGGCUUGUGAUAACCCAAGAGCAUCGGAAUUCGCGCACCAUAUGGGGAGUUCUGCUACUCAUUUCUGUCGGACAUGUGAUGUAUGUUUAAAUUUAUAGAAACGCAUAAUUUCCUAUCUCCUUUUAAGCAAAACCGUUAUUAUUAAAAAUGGAUUCGAAAGUCUGUAGCGAACUGCAUGGACAAGGACGCUAAUACAACUAGAUUUACAAUCAGUAGAUCAUAAAUCCAAAUAAAUCUACAUAUAAUAAUUUUAAUACAGUAUAUAAUAAAUGCAGCAUUUUAAGUACUAUUUAAAACUUAGAUGGCUUAAAAAACGAGCCAUCUGACGAGUAGAUUGUCGAAGUCAUUUUUAAAACAAAGUUAUCUACGCCGGGAAAAUCAUAGCCUGCGGGCAGCCCCAUACCACGUAAGCUUACGUGGUAUGGGGCUGCCCGCAGGCUAGGAAAAUCAAGGCUCUUCAUGAAUUAUUAAUGAGUUUUUAAUGCUUAUUUAAACAGGCAACAAAAGAAACAGGAGCCGAAGUAGGAACUUUACGAACAACCGAUGCCAUACAAAGAACAAUCGAACGGAUAAAUACGGCAAGGUAACUUUGUUUGUAAUUCUGCAUGCUGAUUUCAUCCUUAUAUCGGCGACCGAGACUGCUCUCACCAUGUUUAACGAUUGUAACAACAAAUGUAUAGUGACAUGCUUAAUGUUACAGUAUUUAUUUCUUUAAUCAAUAGCACUGAAAGGCAGAAGAAAGAAAUAAGACGGUCCACAGGAAACACCGAGCGGGGAGGACAGUUCGAUAUAUUAUCAAGUUUUGAAGCCAUAAAGUAAGCGGUAUUAUUAUGAUGAGAGACGCACACGCGAGCGUUAUACUAAGACUCCGUUUACACGGUACCGUCGAACUUGGGACCGGUCUGAAAUUCGUCCUUUUUCGCCUGUUUACACGCGAAUUCGUCCUGUUAGGGGAUCCCAAAUUCGUCCGGUACCGUUUAAACGGGGUCUAAGACAUUACGUAUAUGGGAACAUUAUAGCACUUUGAAUAGUGAGGGCAAUUUUGAGACUAAUCUAGGUAUAACAAGACAUUGGUUGUGAGGUUAUGUUCUUUCCAUACGCGUUCGGUAAUUAUAUAUAGUACUUAUUCUAUAGGUUAUAUAAAAAAAGGUAAGGUAAUCCAAGUUUGGUAUGUUAUCGUGCAUUACGUUUGUCCAUUUACGUUUCUAAUACCAAUAAAGUUCAGGCUUCUAGCUGUCAAAUACUAUACCUUUCUUGUAUCAUUGCUAUAAAAAAAUAUGGCUCAACGCAUGUGUGUUAAGCGUCAAGUGCUCGCAAUUUUACUAGCUAAGAGGAUGUCUUUAUAUACAUACGGAAAAGAAAAUAGAUCAAUGUAUUAAUUAAUUAAUUAAUUAAUUAAUUAAUUAAUUAAGAACGAUGACAUGUCAAAGCUUUUUUUAUAUACCCUGUACAAAUAAUCGUGUACAACUUGUUUUUAAUAUGUAGGCAGACACCGGUGGAGAUUCUACACACAAUUCUUCUUGGUCCUGUUAAGUACCUUGUUAAGAAAACGUUUAACAACUUAAGUCCUGCAGACAAGAAAAAAGUUAAAUCCAAGAUCGAGGCAUUCGACUUUUCAGCGUUUUCUAGACGUUUACCGAGUAGUUUCGUUAAAAACCAUGGCUCCUGCGUUGGCCGCGACUUUAAACUCUGGGCCCAGAUAUCUGUUUUCGUCCUCGAAGGAUUAAUCUCUGACGAAGAACUUCAAGUAUGGAUAUAUCUAAGUGAAGUAAGUAGAAAACUUAUUUGGAAUUAUACAUAUAUGUUACUCUGAGCCCUACCACUUGAACCGACCUGACCGCGUACAGUAGCUCAGUUGGCAGAGCACUGGGCUAGUAUUCCAAAGGUCGUAGGUUCAAUUCCCACCGUGGCCAGGCACAUUUUUCAAGCUUGCCCAGUGUUGAUAUACACAGUUCAGAGUAACAUCACACAAGCAUCUUAUUCACCUGUGGCUGUGUACAUUACACCAACACAGAAAAUAUAAUACAGUAAUACAUGUUAUCAAACAGUUAUCGGAUGUAGUUUUUGUGGUCAGAAUCAUCAAGGCCGAGGUGUUAUCAGUCAAUUAUGAUCAAGUAAACAGAAACCGGGAACCGGGUAAAAGUUUAACCUGAUGUUUUGGUUUGUACAUUUUCAAGUUUAAACCUUCUUGAUAUCCAUAACUACUGCAACCUAAUGGAUUCCGAACAACUAGUUACAGUUCUUCAAACGUUAUCCAAAGUAAUAUUCAAAUUUACCUUAAAAUUUAUUAUUAUUAUUAUUUUAUUAUUUAAUCUUAUUUAAUCACGGUAGCCUUUCAGAAGUACAUCUGUUUUUCAAAGGGCCGUGAGUUCAUUAAAAUAUUUACAUAAUUGGAGAGAAAAAAAAAAAGAAAAAAAAGGAAAUCUAAAAGCGAGAAAAACAGGCCACUUACAUAAACUAUUUACAUGGAUGCAAUUGAUUACACUAUAGAUUAGGACCAAUGGAUUAGGACAUACGUUUUAUGACAUUCUUAAAGGAGUUGACAGAGACAUUUUCUAUUAAUGCUUGAUCAAUAAUAUGAUUAUAGGUAGGUUAUUCCAACUCACAGCUCCUCGAUAGGGAAAGCUAUUUUUUAGAAAAUUUGUCUUUGGCUUAGGUAGGUAAAUAUUUCUAUUGUUGCUACGUAAUUGAUAGUUGCCGUUUUCGUUCAAGUUAAUUGUCUGCAUUAGGUAGUCGGGCACUAGACCUUUAAGGGCCUUAAAUAUCAUUACAAGGUCGCGCUCGUCUAAGUUGUCUUUUAUAGGUCUCCAGUUUAAGGUUUCAAAAAUGUUAGUUGAUCGUAUGUCGUAACUGGAUCCUGUUAUUACACGAGCAGGCCUUUUCUGUAACUUAUAUAAUUUAUUAAUGUGAGAACUUGCACAGUAUUUCUUCUCACUUUAGACAUUUGCAAUGGCGUAUGGCUCAGAAGUUGACAUUGACGACAAUGACAAUACAACAAAUCUCAUUCAAGAGAUGAUGGAAUGCCUGAGCGAAGUUCACCCAGAGCUCCUGCAAAAGCAAAAGUUUCACAUGUUAUUACAUAUACAGGAUGACAUGAUGAAGUUUGGCCCACCAGCUGGUUUUAACACAGAAAGGUGACUUUUAACUUCUAUAACUCUAAAUUAAUAGACCUUUCCGGUAAUUACGUCACAACUACAGUACAUGGAAGCGAGGCUGAGGGCACAGCAAUAUAGGCUGUUAUAAUACGUGCCUUAUUGCUGGGCCCCUCAGCCUCGCUUCCAUGUACUGUAUUUGUGACGUAAUCAUCGGAAAGAUCUAUAACGACAAAAUGUGCUGGAAUAUAUUAUUGUUGUACUUAAUACAGUAUGUAUAACUAUUUAAACCUCUUUUAUAGAUUUGAAGCAUUUAAUUCUGUCAUCAGAACCCUUAAUGUAUAUUCAAAUCGCCAUGCAAGCAGUAAGGAUAUCGGAGAGAGAUUGCUCAAACACCAUAUUCUAAAAUUUGUAACAAAUGGAGGGCGCUGGGGUAUUAACAACAGGUAAUAUAUACAGUACAAUAUACUAAAUAUAGAGGUUAGUUGCAACACCACUAUCUGGCCACCAAGCAGUAUUGUAAGUGUUUGUUAUGUGUUUUUAUGUGAACAAUUAUGCUUUAGUGAACAGUUACUCUAUAGUCAUGUUUUCGUGCAAUUUGUUACUUAGUUACACAACCACAUCAGCUAGGCUGUAAAAUUAUCGUGUUAAAAUAAAUGCUUUUAUUAUUAUUAUUAUUAUUAUUAUUAAUAUUAUUAUUAUUAUAAUCAUUAUGGCAAGAUUCCAUUCCAUCAUUUCUGAUGGAUAUCAUCCUCGGAUCCUGAUAUUGUGAACUUUAAUUAUAGAACGUUUGCUUCCCAAGGACUAAUUAAACUGAGCCAGCAACCAGUAAUCCAAAAGUUCAUGUACCAGGUUGAUUCUAAUUGCAGUCAAUCUCAAAAAGAAAUCUACCAACCUGGAAAUCUUAGACUUGUAAGUAAUCAAUACUGACUAGCUGCAGCGCGCUCGAAUGCACCAUACUUUUAUUUUUAUUCAACCUCGUACCCAGGGUAUUUUCUCGAGGAUCAAAAUACCUGGUAUGGACUGAUGAUACCACCCCCAUAUUCUGGGUAAAAUAGCAUAUUUUGUAGUAAGGAAAUAAGCUAUUUUACCCAAAAUGUGGGAAUGACGUACUGACGUCAUCAGUCCAUACCAGGUUAUUUUGCUCCCUGAGAAAACGCCCUGGGUACAAGGUUGUUUAAUUAUUACUCUGUCUAAAACCAGAUGAGUUUACUUGUUAAGGGAGAGUCUCUCAAGCGCAUUACCGGGUUGUUGAUUAUAUUUAAUCAAUAACUCAUGAUUACAAUAGAAUUAACAGCGACCUUUAACCUGUAUAGCAGGUCAGUUUCAAUGGCUUUGGCAUUAAACCCUAAUCUGCCUUUCUACAGUAGGACUAAACAUGUUAAAACAUAACAUCUUAACAUUCUAGGAAACAUAUCAAAAUGGAAGGCUCAAACAAUUGACAACUGUUGAUGUUUUACCUAUUGGUGCUCUUCAACAUGACAUCGAAAGACAGCAUAUUAACAUUGAACAGACAUGUAAGGGAUUUAAAGGCUGUAUUGCACAAGACAAGACACUUGUCCAGGAAGGAGAAACGUUUGCCUAUAAAAGUUACAAUGAUGAGGUAUUAAUGGGUCAUUCCAUACAUUUACUAUUAUCAGAAACAAUUUUUUCUCCCCUCCCCCUCCGGACGGCAGAAAUUUCCUCUGUGGGGGGAGUAUGGAUCUUUUCUGGAACGACCCAAUUUAUCUUUGGCCAUGUACAUAUCUGCACACUGUAAUUUCAAGAACAGGGCUACAGUUUGUUUUCAGUUAAUGAGGCACAUUUCAAUUCAACUGUUUCACCAUUGUCAUUAAAUCAUUUCAAUUUUAUUUGCUAAUUAUGUUCAUUUCAAUUGGGCCAUUUAAACGAAUCAAAAUAAGUUGCGACUUACAUAAGACGUGAGUUUUACCAUUCAUAUACGAGCAUGUCUUACCUAAGAUGCAAAUGUACUGUAUGUAGAGUUGGUUUGGAUUUGAUUUUGGUAUUGUGUAGUGCUGUAAGCUGUUGUUGUUGUUGUUUUCCUUGCCAGUGACCUCCUUAUGCUGGAUGCAAAGCCAUUUAUACAUAACAAUGGGUUUGUGGCUUAUCGAAGAUGCAACCAUAAUAAGAACAAUUAAAAUCCAUGUUCUUAAUAUCCAAGUUGCAUCUUAGACAAGACCAAGCUAGAUUUCAUACCAUUUAUAUGUCAAGUUUAUGUCUUUAAUAUGUUAGUGGCGACUUAUUUUGUCCCAUAUAGAUGGCCCUAAUAUGUUACUAUGUUUCAAAGAGCUUGCAGUAGUUCAAAUUUUUUGGAAUAUUAUUGCCAGAAUUUAAGUUUAGGGAUAGUAAACAAACUUUCUUUAAUCCACAUGGAUUUCUCUCAAUGAAAAGCUAAAUAUUAAAUGUUGAGCUUUACUUCGAUCAAUGUUUUGAUGCUACUGUACUUUCAUACUACGAGCUUUAUUUUUUUUUCAGAUCACUUUUCAAAGCGUGGUUCCCAAGUCUGUUGUGAACAUUCCAAAUUAUGUUACUAAAUUUGGAAAAUUGUGUGUGGAACUGGCAAAGCCAAUUUCAUUUCAGAAUCAUCAUCAGUGAUAUGAAAAACCAGUUUCAUAUUAUUCUCACUGAUCAAUGCAAUCAAGCAACGAAACUCACAUUUUCGGGCAUCUACUGGAUUUUAUAUAAUUUUAGUCUUAUAAGAGUCUUAUCCAAUUGAAGUCCAUGUCCAGCCGUCACGAAAAUAUUUCGUGCAAUUAAAUUGGAUAAGACUCACUACCAAUCCCUGCUGACUCGAUAGCUCAAUGGGUAGAGCAACAGUCUAUUGUAGAUACCCAAAGAUGCAAGUUCAAAUCCCACUCGAACCAACAAAUUUUUCGUUGGUUGAUUGCAUCAAUUGUCAGAAUAGCAUGAAACUGGUUUUUUGGCAAAGACAACAUCACAAGUUGCUUGCUAAAGUACCAAAGUACUGAGCUAAAGUACCAAAGUACUGAACUAAAGUACCGAAGUACUGAACAUAAACUCUUAAACGAAUUAAACAUAUUUCUUAAAAGCUUUAAUAAAUAACUUGUCAAAUGUGUGGCCCAUAUUAGUAAAACACUGUAAAUUAUGAGUUUAUGUUCAGUAGUUUGGUACUUUAGUUAGUAAACAACUUUCAAAGUUGGCUUGCCAAUUUUCAGGUCCAAUAUUCCAAAUUUAGAAAAUGUAAUUUGGAAUAUUCACAACAAACUUGGGAAUAUUCACAACAAACGUGGGAAUCGUGCUUUAAAAAGUGACGUAAAAAGUGACCUGAAAUCAACAAUAAAUUUUCUUAAAAUUUCUCACCAACAAUCACUUCUUGCCAUUCCUAUUUGAUAUUGCCAAUGUGUUUUGUGAUUAUCAAUAAGCUUCAGUGCACACAAUAUGCAGCAUGUAUUGGUGAUUAUCAUUAGUUAUUACAUGCUUAAUACAAUGUACGUUACCAUUAUUAUUAUAACAACCUAUACAUACCAUUCAUUUUAGAUCUGCUUCGGAAUGUUUUGUACAGCUGUGGGAUUUUGUCAUGGAGGAAACUGGGUGCUUACAAUCCCAUAUCAACUAAUGAGGGCAGAUGAUGGUGAUGUUCUACAUGGAAAAUUCACAUCACCAGUGCUGCAAAAAUGUGAGGAAAGAAGAUUGAUAAGCACAAAAAACAUCUUAGAAAAAGUUAGCCUGGUCCACAAUUGUGACAACAGAUGUUCUUUCGUCAAUACAGACCAUCCAAUUGUGGAAGAGAGGGAAAUUGUCACAUCAGAAAGGUGUGUUUAUCAACAUGAUCUAUCCAACAAAUAUUAUUUACUUAAUCGUUUUUAUCUUGGAGAAUCAUGGAAGUACAUCCCAGGCAUUCCAGACAUGUAG